UUACAAAGUAGGCUAUUUUUACAUGACUGCACACCACUGCACGGGGGGUAGUAUGGAUUGCUUCCAUAGGGGUAGACUUUACGGGAGAAGAAGAAGAAAAGGAGCCGUGGCGCCAUUGUGCGCGCGCCCCCGCGUGCAGGUGGGUGAUGGACGCAGAUCCCGAAGCGCGUUCCACAAAGUGCUAGGGCUGUCAGCUACCAGUCUGUUGUAACACAUCAGAGGCCUCCUUACCACAGAUGAUUCAAGCUGAAGCAUGAUGAAAACUCCCCCCUCUGUUACCCUUCGGGUCAAACGCAAAAAUGUUUGCCAAAUCAGAAGACACCUCAGCCUAAACAGAGCCAAUGGUCAAGACACCCAGGGCUUGCUGUGGAAUAUUCAAUCAAACCAGAGAGACCUGUAUUAUACCAGAAUGCAUCAGUCAGCUGUUGUCCAGCGGCAGGAAAUGGCAGCAUACUUCCAUCUUUUUGAGGAUGACCUGAUUCAAGGCUUUCUAAGAAUGGACUGUUGCUAUAAAUUGACAGACAAGUACCUCCUAGCCAUGACCUUUGUUUACUUCAAAAGGGCCUGCUUCACUAUCACUGAAUACACCAGAAAGAAUUUUUUCAUUGCACUGUAUCUUGCCAAUACCAUGGAGGAGGACGAGGAGGAGAGCAAGUAUGAAAUUUUUCCGUGGGCACUGGGCAAGAACUGGAGAAAACGGUUUCCCCGCUUCCUUGAGCAGCGAGACAAGCUGUGGGCUCGCAUCGAGUACAGAGCUGCUGUCAGCAGGCGCUGCUGUGAGGAGGUGAUGGCCAUUGUGUCCUCUCAUUUUGUGUGGCAACGGCAGCGGUCUGACCACCAUGGCGGUGCCCAGCGGCAAUAUAGUGACAAUGACUGUGUCCGUUUUCCCCGUGGGCCCUCUGCCUCACCGGUGUCCUGUUCCCUAUGUAAGCGUGGCACCAGGAUAGGUCACAGCUCCUCUCCUCCUUCCAGAAGCUCAGCUAUGCAGAUACUAAAGGAGGUACCAAGGAAUGAUGUACCCUGCAAGUCCACAUUCAGCACUUUCAUGGACUGGAUGAACGAGUAGAGCAACAGCAGGUUCCUGUACCAACCAGGCAGUUAAUGCCUCCUUUACUGGAUUUAAUAGCACUUCACUCUGAAGUAAAAGUCUGAAUCCCCAGUUUGUGUCAAUCUACUCUAAAGCUGACAGGGUACUGAUGUCAACCUAAGUGAUCACAACUUAUUUUAAGUAACAGUGACAGUGAUGUAAUGUUUAAAACAUGCAAGUUGGCUGUUUGUGGGCAUGUGCCAAAAGAUUUAGUGUGAAACUGAUUCACCAAAGUGUUCUUGGUAGGUAGGUAUUUAUUUAUUUAAUUAAUUUAUUUGUGGAUUCUUUCACAUCCUAUUUUUCACAGAUGAUAAAAUACUUGAAUGAACUGAGCGUUGGAUACUGUCAGUUACACAGAGGGGUCUGACUGGGUUUGUUUUUAGUGGCGUUGCCAAUGUUUCUGUUGGAUUCAGCACUUUUAUUUUGAAUUUUGACAUUCUUCACUGCGACCUGCCUUAAUAUAGUUCACGCAACUGUUCUGUUGCUCUUUACUCACACACAGAUCUAUCCAGCAGAGCCAUUGUAACAAAGAAGACAAAUUUUGCAAUAAA